UUCGACCUCGUGCACGACUCCGAGCCGUCUGAUUGUCCUGCUCUUCACCGCUUUUCUAACCCUAACACGGCAAUGUUUACCGGCGUUAUAAGCAGAACCGUGACUUUUUCCCUAUAACCGCUUUUACCAAUUCUCAAUCAUCUUCGCAUUGCAGCCAUGUCUUCAGCAGGCGGCGAUACUGGUGGCAGUAAUCCGUUCAGCAACCUCGAAAAGACGUCAGUGCUUCAAGAGGCUCGCACUUUCAACGAGACUCCUGUUCACCCACGGAAAUGUGCGGAGAUACUCACCAAGAUCCUCUACCUGCUGAAUCAGGGGGAAGUCCUUGGGACAAGGGAGGCCACGGAUGCAUUCUUUGCUAUGACCAAGCUGUUCCAGUGCCGGGAUCCAGUGCUCCGGCGUCUGGUCUACCUAGGCAUCAAAGAGCUCUCCAAGGUUGCCGAGGAUGUCAUCAUUGUGACCAGCAGUUUAACCAAGGACAUGACCGGCAAGGAGGACCUUUACCGUGCAGCUGCAAUUCGGGCCCUCUGCAAGAUCACUGAUAGCAGCAUGCUUCAGGCAAUUGAGCGUUACAUGAAGCAGGCCAUUGUCGACAAGAACUGUGGGGUGUCCAGUGCUGCCUUAGUGUCAUCCCUGCAUCUGAUGUUUGUCAGCCCAGACGUCGUGAAGCGGUGGGUGAACGAGGCACAAGAAGCAGUCAACUCGGACAACAUCAUGGUUCAGUUCCACGCCCUGGGCCUGCUCUACCACAUUCGCAAGAGCGACCGAUUAGCAGUCUCCAAACUGGUCACCAAGUAUGCCCGAUCAGCCCUCAAGUCACCUUAUGCAGUUUGUAUGCUGAUCCGAAUUGCAAGCAAGCUGAUAGAAGAAGACGGUGUUGGACCAGAGAGCCCCAUGUUUGCAUUUGUGGAAAGCUGCCUACGGCACAAAAGCGAGAUGGUUAUCUACGAGGCAGCGCAUGCCAUCGUCAACCUGCGGUCGACCACCACCCGUGAGCUCACACCAGCCGUGUCUGUGCUCCAGCUCUUCUGCAGCUCGCCCAAGCCCACGCUGCGUUUUGCAGCUGUUCGCACGCUGAACAAGGUGGCAAUGGCACACCCGGCAGCAGUCACAGCAUGCAACCUGGACUUGGAGAACCUGAUCACGGAUGUGAACCGAUCCAUCGCGACACUGGCCAUCACAACACUGCUCAAGACGGGCAGCGAGAGCAGCAUAGAGCGGCUCAUGAAGCAGAUCACCUCCUUCAUGUCUGACAUAUCUGACGAGUUCAAGAUUGUUGUCGUCCACGCAAUCCGGUCGCUGUGCCAAAAGUUUCCCCGCAAGUUGCUGGUGUUGAUGACAUUCCUGGCAUCAAUGCUGCGGGAUGAGGGUGGCUUUGAGUACAAGAAGGCCAUUGUAGACACUGUCAUUCACAUCAUUGAGGACAACCCAGAGGCGAAAGAUGUUGGGCUGUCGCACCUGUGUGAAUUCAUUGAGGACUGCGAGCACACAAGCCUGGCGGUGCGCAUCCUCUGCCUGCUCGGCCGUGAGGGACCCCAGGGAUCCACGCCAUCCCGUUACAUCCGCUUCAUGUACAACCGGCUCAUCCUGGAGAACUCGCCUGUGCGCGCCGCUGCGGUGAGUGCCCUAGCCAGAUUCGGGGCGCACUGUGAAGACCUGCUGCCCAACAUCCUGGUGCUGCUUGAGCGCUCGCUCCUCGACACGGAUGACGAGGUGCGUGACCGGGCUGCCUACUUCCUGCACGUGCUGAGGCAGCGGCAGAAGUCCCUGGGCAUUCGCUACAUCCUCGACGGGCUGCAGGUUUCUAUAGUGGGUCUUGAGAAGGCACUACAGCAUUAUGUGGCCGAGCCAAGUGAUGUUCCCUUCGACAUCAACAGCGUUCCCAUCGCCACGCAGCCUGUGGAGAAGAAAACACAAGCAUCUAUUGUGGCAGCUGGUACCUUUGGACCGGCCAUCAAGAUCAUUGCGCUUGCACCUGUUCUUGACACCAGCCCACCUGGUGAAGCAGUACCCAAGGGCAAACCGGACAAAGUGGCCGCAUCUAGGCAAGAUCUUUACGCAGAACAAUUGGACACCAUUCCCUUGCUCGUGGCACUCAACCUGGGCCCGCUGUUCAAGUCUUCACCUGCUGUGAGCCUCACCGAAUCCGAGACGGAGUAUGUUGUCAAAUGCAUCAAACACGUGUACAGCAGGCACAUCGUAUUACAGUUCGAUUGUACCAACACACUCAACGACCAGAUUCUAGAGAAUGUGCGUGUGGCUGUGGAGCCAGCAGAGGGCUUCCAUGUUAUCGGGGAAGUGCCCUGUUCCAAGCUGGCAUACAAUGUUCCUGGCACGGCGUAUGUCUGCCUUGAAAUGGAGCUUGAAGAUCCUCUCCUGGUUGCAGGGACAUUCAGCAACACCUUAAAGUACCUGGUCAAGGACUGCGAUCCCAACACCGGUGAGCCAGAUGACGACGAAGGUUAUGAGGACGAGUACGUGCUCGAAGACCUUGAGCUGACAGUGGCUGACCAUGUACAGAAGGUUCUCAAGGCUAACUUUGCUGCCUCCUGGGAAGAGCUUGGCAAUGGGAACCAGGUGGAGGACACCUACGCCCUCAGCACCAUGAAGACAUUGCAAGAUGCUGUGCACCAGAUCAUCCAGUUCCUGGGCAUGCAAGUUUGCGAGCGCUCGGACAAGGUGCCCGAUGGCAAGAGCUCACACACGCUACUGCUGGCUGGCGUUUAUCGGGGUGGCCAUGAUGUGCUGGUGCGGGCACGGCUGGCAACCACGGGCGUCGCGCAGGGUGUCACCAUGAACCUCGCUGUGCGCAGCAAAGACCUCGACGUCUGCCAGGUCAUCAUCUCUGCGGUCGGAUAGGGAGGGAAAAAAGAAAGAGAAGGGGACUAGCGUUAUAGACUCGUUUGUUUUCUUGUCUCUCUAUCUCUGUUGCGCCUUCGAAGGAUUCCACUCUGUGACCAUCGCACCUUGUCGCUACUGCUGCUCUUUUCAACACGAAUGCCAAUUCAGCCAGGAAGUGCAGAUGCUAUGCUCGCAAAAGCCUGGUGUCUCUCGGGCUAUAGCGGGCCUUCUUGUAGAAAUUGUUUGACAUUCCUGCAUACUUUCUGUCUCUGUUAUGUGUGAAGUGUGCAAGAGAUAUUCUGCAGUAAUCUUUUUACAUUUUGGGUCCUUCAUUUCUUGAGCAUUUACAGAAGGCGAGUCUUGCCAAGAAAUCUUUAGUGUAGUAGAUGGCAUGCACGUGACGUUAUGGAGACCAUGUUGGCGAACCAUUCACUGCACAUGUAAAAGGAGAAACGAGCAGCUUUUUGCCGGGCUAGUGGUUCACCAGCUUGGCAAUCGCGAUGGUGUCAGUACAAGCCAUCUACACUUCUGUUCUUGGGAGGCUUUGUUUUUCUCGUAGCCCACAUUAUGCUGAACAUUAAAUGAUCAACUUUGCAAUGCAUUGUAGCAUAAAAGACAGUUACAGGAAGCUCAUCUCUAAAGUUGCAGUGCUUGGUUGCUCGUACCACCUUAUUUCUUGUUCGUUCGAUUAUGCGGGGUUGCGACGCAGUCGAAGCAGCGAAGUGUAAAAGUCGGGACUGGCUCAUUUCCCUCCAGUUAUAUAGUAUUUUAAUGCCGGAGCCUGCUGAUGAUUUUCAUAUUUGUUGUCAUCAAAAGCAGAAGCGAAGCCUUUUCGCCGGUGUAGCAUACUUUGAAAAUGCGUAAUUAACCAGCAUGGUCCUGCCCUGGCUUUGCGUUAUUGCUACCCCAUGGGAACGUUUUCUUGAGCCUUUUUUGCCUUGGCUUGUUGAGAAUUGGCCGCCAACACUCUUGUGUGGCCGAGAAAUGUACAUAUAGCUGACCUGAAUGCUGAACCAAGGCUGUUGUCAUCAGUCUCAUUGCAGAGACGAUUUGCUUUUCUCUUUUUUUUUUUUUUGAGGGACUGUAAUGCCUGAAGUAAAGCAAGAAGUUGUCAUAUA